UUGGGAGAAUUACCAACAGAAGACGAACUUAACCUCAAAAAAGAGGCCAUAUCAUUAAUGCAAAGAUAUGUAGCCAUGAACAUUAAUACUCCAAUUAAUACAGUGGUUCUUGACAAUUUCAUUAUACUUACUUCGAACUACAUCGACGAGGAGGUUUAUAUACAUCCUAAUGAGUUUGAUUUGAGACUUUGGGAACAUGCAAACACGAUGGGACAACUUUUGAAUGUCGGACAUGUUUAUUCGCUUGUACCAUACUCAAGUCUUAACCCAGAUUACGUGAAAUUUCGUGUUUCUAGUUAUAGAGGAAUAUAUGCUGUGGAAUAUCAUAUGAAAUGGGAGGAUCAAGUCUGGAAGCUAUCCUGCGAACAGCCCAUUGACUUCAACUAUGCUUAUUCGGACGAAGAUUCACUUGAACUUGCUGUUCCAAGUGUAAAUUAUCGGCAAUUAAAUAUUCUGUUGAGAAGACGACUACAACGUACAAUUGAAAGAUAUCGCCAAAGCCCCGUAACUGGAAGAAUGUAUAACCACGUCACUGAAAAUUUCAGAAUUCAUGGACCUGGUGGAUCAAUUCAACCAACUUUUGAUGAACUGGAUCUUAAUUUGAGAUUAUCUGAUGUGAAACAUGUGACAUAUUCUGAUUAUGAAAUGGUUGGUGAUAUUCCGAAGGUUCGGCAGACUAUAGAAACAAGAAGUGGAGACAUUCGAUUGUAUCAUUAUCAUUUUACCCCACUUUCAUCAAAUCAUAUGAGGAUUACUGAUGAAUUCUGUGAUGGUGAACAUAUAACUAGUAAAAGUUAUGGGAAUUUAAAUAUUUUGCGAUAUGGAUACGGGUGAGUAUGCGGUUGUUCACGAAUUGAAACACGUCACUUAAUUUUUUAAAAGUAACUGUAAUGCAGUAAUUCACGAAAUAAAAAACGUUUUUUUAACGUUAAAAAAAACCAAAAAAUUGAUUCACGAACGGUAUUUUUAUUCAUUUUUUAAACAAACUGAAGAAAGUGAAGCUAAAACGCAUUUUAGUGUUUAGAAAUGUCAUUCCAAGCUCUUUCAGUGAGUCUAAAAGACAAAUCAAGUGUUCAAAAUCAAAUAGUUGAUUUUCGAAAAUAACCAAUUUCAUUUGUUGGGAGAUGUUAGGCUUGAUUUGCCAUUUAGGCUAAUCAGAAGGUCUUAAAAUGGCAUUUCUGAACACUAAAAUGCGUUUUAGCUUCACUUUAUUUCAGGGAAUGUGUUGAUAAAAUGGUUAAAAAAAUGAAUGAAAAUACCGUUCGUGAAUCACUUUUUUGGUUUUUUUAACGUUAAACGUUUUUUAUUUCGUGAAUUACUACAUAAAUGAGUCUACACUUGAUUGGAGAUACAUGAAGUAAUCAAUAAAUGUUAGGGUGUGAACUUCGAGAGAGAGAGAAACAUAAUCGUUUCAGAUCUAGUUCAUUUGGUCCGCCUACCACUACCAUUCCUUCUCUUGAAAUCUAUGAACCUGCAAAGAUUGGAGUGAAGCGAAAACCAGAGGAGUACACCAUUUUUGAAAAUUUGUACAAAAGAUACAUUGAGAUAACUCCACAAGCUAAUCAUUAUGAAAUGAUGACUAUGGUAUUCUAUUUCUUCACCAUCGAUUCUCGUAUGAUUUUCGUGGAGACUGCUGAAGAUAUUGCAGAACACGCAAGAACUAUGGGACAACUUUUGAGACCGGGAAUAAUUGAUACAUUUCAAAAAUUGAGUGAGAAUAGCUUUAAAUUUCGAGUCACAAGCUACAGAGUGCAUUUUGCUGUUGAGUUUGGCAUGAUUCGGGUUGAUGGAGUUUGGUUGUUAUCUCAUGAACAAAAAGUUUCUCCAAAGCCCUCAAACUACGCUUAUGUUAAGAAGCUUCAAGCUCCUUCUAAAAGUCUAAAACAAAACAUGGAUCCUGCUUGGCAACAGAGUCUUAGAGGUAAUAUGAAAAAACUACAGAAAACAAAUAUUAUUUUUAAAGAUGCUGUCGUCGCAUAUCAGAUGAUUGAUCAGAAAGAAAAGAUUGAUCCGAAAGAAAGGAUUACUGAAAAUUUCCAACUUCACGGGCCUGGCGGAAUUAUUCGACCAACCGAAGAUGAAUUGGUGGAACAUAUCAAGUUAUCCAAUAUCAAAACUAUGGACGUUUUUGAGUGUCGUUUUUUGGAGGAUGGUCGUGCACAAAUUAGUGCAACUAUUAAAACAUUUUCCUCAAUCAAACGUGGAUGUCAUUAUAAUUUAGUGAUAGAUGGUGAGAAUAUCAGGGUAGACGAGGAAUUUAAUGAUGGUGAACAUAUAAUUGAUCCGAAAAAUGUGAGAUUAAAUAUUUUGCGAUAUGGAUAUGGGUGAGUAUGCUAAUAAAUAGUUGUGCGAGAGUCAGUAUCGUUUUAGAUCCAAUUUACAUGUUUCGCCACCUAGGUUUCUAUCUCUUGAAAUCAAUGAACCUACAACUAGUAGGAAUGGUGGAUAUUUGCAAAGAGAACGUGGGUGAGUUUAUACAAAAAAAUACACAAGCAAAAAAAACAAAAAAAAUUGAAUGGACAUAUGUAUUACCAAUAUUUCCAGCGUUUCCAAUUCGAUUGUUCCACAAAAUGAAAAACCAAAACCAGAGGAGUACACUAUUUUUGAAAAUUUAUACAAAAGAUACAUUGAGAUAACUCCACAAGCUAAUCGUUUUGAAAUAAUGCAUAUGGGAUUCUAUUCCUUAACCAUCGAUUUUCGUAUGAUUUUCUUGGAAUAUGGAGAGACUGGUGAAGAUAUUGCAAAUCACGCAAUAACUAUGGGACAACUUUUGAGACCGGGAAUAAUUGUGAAAUUUGAAACAUCGAGUGAGAAUCGAUGUAAAUUUCGAGUCACAAGUUACAGAGCGCAUUUUGCUGUUGAGUAUACUAUGAUCAACAUUAAUGGAAUUUGGUUGUUGUCUGAAGAACGACAGAUUUCUCGUGGCUCCUCGAACUUCGAUAAUGUUAGGAAGCUUCCUACUCCUGCUCAAAGUCUACAACAAAGCAUUGAUUCUGAUUUACGACGAAGUCUUGAAGGUGAGCUGAUGAAAACUACAUUUAAAAAAUGAAUAGUAGUUUUAAAGAGGCUGUUGUCGCAUAUCGUAGCCUUGAGAAGGAAAAUAUGUAUGAUUAUGUUACUAAAAAAUUUUUACUUCAUGGUCCUGGCGGAACUAUUCAACCAACCCAAGAUGAAUUGGUGGAACAUAUCAAGUUAUCCAAGAUCAAAUCUCUGGACUAUAUUGAAUAUCGUUUUUUGGAGGAUGGUCGUGCACAAAUUAGUGCAACUAUUAAAACAUUUACUUCAAUCAAACGUGGAUGUCAUUAUAAUUUAGUGAUCGAUGGUGAGAAGAUUAGGGUAGAUGAGGAAUUUAAUGAUGGUGAACAUAUAAAUAAUCCGAUAAAUGUGAGAUUGAAUAUUUUGCGAAAUGGGAAUAUGGUAGGAUAUGUUUGA